AUGACCUCUGAUUAUUGCUGGGGCAAGACUAAGUCAUGGUGUGAUACGGAGCUAAGCUUCCAGCCUGGAACCAACCAAUUCACUAUGAAGGGCGAGUCAGGCCUUCAUUUCUGGAUGGAGCUGCAUGACUGGAGACAAGUAACAGAAAAUGAUGAACUCAAAUAUUCAUGCCAGUGGCAGGUUGACUUUCAAGUUAACAAGGACCUCGGAAUCUAUGUCCAAGCCCAUGAACCCAGGGUUAUCGAGGGUCCAGGGAACAAAUUCGAGCUCUCCCAUUAUCGAAGAUCCUCCUCACCCAGAACUUCCCUAAAACAUGUGCUCGAACAUGCUCGCGCCUACUUCAAGGAGUCAAUUCGAGGUCACGCUCACGAGAGGCUAGAAUCGAAAUUUCACCAAACCGAGAUGGACUCCUGUCAUCAUCAUGAGUUCUAA